AUGGCGAUGAUAUUGUUGCAACUGUGUUACGCAGGAGUGACUCUUUCUGCAAGAGUUACUUUGGUUAAGGGAACAAGCCCUCGGGUUUUUAUCCUAUACAGGCAAGUCUUUGCAACCAUUUUCAUCUUCCCAUUUCUCUACUUCUCAAGUAAGACCUCUAAGUUGAUGAAUCUAAGACUAUUUUUCCUUUUUUUUGUUGUCAGCAUUACAAUGAAUCAAAAUCUGUAUUGUGAAGGUAUUUACUUAGCUUCAUCGUCGACGGGAAGUGCCAUGUGUAACAUCAUUCCUGCACUAGCAUUCUUAAUCUCAUAUCUCGCCGGAUACGAGACAGUCAAUAUCCGGAAUGUUAGAGGCUUAGCAAAGAUAUCAGGGACGGUUCUAUGUGUAGUAGGAGCAAUCUCCAUGACUUUGCUUCGUGGACCAAAGAUUCUUAACUCGGAAUCUACUUUACCGUUAGAAAAUUCGUUACUAGGAGAUCUUACGGACCAGAACAUGUGGCUCAUUGGUUGUUUGUGUGUGUUCGCUAGCACUGUUUGCUAUUCUUUAUGGCUAACAUUUCAGGUCCCAGUCUCUGCUUAUUACCCAGACCACCUCUCUUUAUCAGCGUGGAUGUGUUUAUUCGGCACGAUACAAUGUGCAGUCGUCACUUUCUUCUUUGAUAAAGACCCAAACGCUUGGAUUAUCCAUUCUUACUCAGAGUUAGCGACUUGUCUCUACGCUGGAGUUGUAUCGUCAGCGCUUGCUUUUACGGUCCAAGCUUGGGUUAUAUCUAAGAGAGGCCCUUUGUUCUCUGCAAUGUUUAACCCUCUCUGUACAGUCAUUGUCACAAUCUUGGCUUCUCUGAUCCUUAAAGAAGAGAUGUUCACCGGAAGCUUAAUCGGAGGAAUAUGUGUGAUCAUGGGACUUUACAUAGUGCUCUGGGGUAAAGCCGAAGAUGUCAUGAUAAAUCAAGAACAGAGAGACAUUACGAAUAACUCAGAAGUGAAAAUUCAGGUCGAAGAUUCUCCAAACACAGUAAACUGUAACGGAGAUCUGAAGAAUCCACUUCUGUCCUAAUAGAAACCAACAGAAUAAAUCCAAAUACAGCAACAAUUAAACUAAUUCAAGAUUUAUUUCUUCUUCAAUUUCUCAAACUCUGAUAUAUGUUUGCUCUAAUAAAUGUAAACGGAUGUAUGAAUACAUAGUCCAAGACUCCAAGUCUAGCUUUAAUAAUAACAAACUAUCACCGUAGUUUAUCAAAGAAUUUAUAUCGUUUUGAUCAAAUACUUAUAUAUUCAUCAAUUUUUAUUUCUAAGAGCAUAUAUCCAUUGUCCAAGUAUAACACGUUUGAUUGAACCCAAAAAAAACACAAAGAUUUGUGUUGAAGAAAUUUGCGUCUCGUUCCUGAGAUAUAUAUAGAGAUAAUAUGUGAUUGUAUCCCUUUUAGACCACUAUAUUAAACUCCUACCUCAACCGAAGAAGAGAAUUAUAUAUUUCCAUUUUGGCCCUACAAACUUACGAGUCUACUUCCCCUGUAACCCUAUCAACCCACUCACAGACGGUUGUAUCAGUGUGUCAGUUAAUGUAUCAGUGUAUCAGUCUACUAGAUUCUAGCUAUCUCUCUUCCCUCUUAUAGUAAGCUCUAGCUCUUUUUCUCUCUCCCUCUUUAAUAUUGUAUCUCAUAGGAACAAAAAAGAGAAUAUUGUUGUUAAUCAUAUUUCUCUUUACUGACUUUGAUUUCUAAAUUAGAAGAGAACGUCAUCAUGGUCUGUUUGAUUUUUUUCUUGUUCCUCCGACGGACGAACCCGUCCCAAAAUAAGUCGUAAGUAGCGAAUACAUGUUUUGUUAUAUGAUACAUUGUUUGUUAGCUUAUAUGUAUUUUGAUAACAAUUAUGUUAACCAAGUUUUUACUUAGUUAUCUGAUACCAUUCUAUGAUUAGUUUUAUCAAUUUUUCAUUUUCUACUCUUUGAAAAACAUAUUUCGUAAGUUAUUAUUACAAUAAAACAUUGUUACUUAAUAAAAUAAAUAAUUGAGAAUAUACAAAUAAACUUUUCAUUAACUGAUAUAUGGUUUGUUAAUUAAUAAAUGAUAUGAUAAAUUAUUUGUCAGUUUAUACAUUGUAUUUAUACAUGAUUUGUUAACUGAUAAAAGAGUGGAUACAUGAUUUGUAAGUUAAUAUUUUUUUUUUAUAAAUGAAUUACUAACUGAUAAAUGAUUUUUUAAUUGAUUUAUGCAGUGUUAGCUAAUGAGUUCCAGAUGAGUGAAUCAUUGUCUCAGAUGAGUUCCUGGAACACAACAAAGGCUUUCAAAUUCUCCAUCCUGGUGGUUAUGGUUAGGAAAUUGCUGAUCGAGAUAUAUUUCUGGUUAGCUGCUACCAAAGUGUUAUUAAAUGAUACAAGUUUGUUAACUGCAACAAAAUAUUACAAAAUGUUAUUAAAUAAGUGAUGUUAACCGAUACAUUGUUUGUUAACCGAUACAUAGUUUGUUAACUGAUAUAUGGUUUGGUUUGUUAAUUGAUACAUGAUUUGUUAACGAAUAUAUGGUUUGUUAGUUGCUACAAACUUGGCUACAAAGUAGUGGUCACUCAUUUGGUAUAAAGCAAUGUAUCAUAUAACAAACUACGUAAUAGCUAACAAAUUAUGUAUCGAAUAUUUUAUUUGUUAACAAUCAUGUACUGGUUAACAAUUCAUGUAUCAGCUAAUGACAACUAUUUUGUAAUCUUGAAAACCAUUUAUCAAUUAGCCACAACCUCUUUGUAACAACUAACAUAUUUUUUCUUCCAUAGAAUUACUAUUUUAAAUCUACGAUCUUCGCUUUACUUUUUAUGGUUUUUUACAAAAAUAAUGAAUCUUUUGGAAUCUUCGUAAAAAAUCAUCAAUGUUUUUUUGAUCUUUAUAUAAAACAUUGUAAAAUUAGUCUGACUUUUUUUUCUAUAAGCUUGAAUGAUAAAUGAAAGAGAUGAGGAAGAAAACUAGAUUUCUAUUAAUAUGAUAAAAAACCAUAAAAUUAACUCACAAAUAAAAGAAAAAAUGUAGAGAAAAAGACUAUACAAACCUAUCCUAAUUACAUCUCUAUAGCUCUGACACUAUUCUGUUUCACCUGUCGCGCGUCAGAAACUUUUGUCAGAAGACAAAGACUGCAAGUCGCAGAGUUUUGUGUCAGAUGGGAAAGAAAGUCGCAAGUAGCAUCGAGAGCAUUUUCGUCUAUUUCAAACUAAAAAGAUACAACUUGGACCUUUUAUGUCACUCAAUAGAUAGAAACCAUUUUAGGGCCUCAUUUUAGGAUAUCUAACUAAUUGUCCCAUAUAUAUAUAUAUUUUUUUUUGAUGGAAAAAAUAUAUAUAUACUUAAAAGGGCUUAUUUGCUAAAUAACCAAAAAAAUAAGGAAAAU